UCCCCCCCUCCCCUCCCCUCCCCCAUCUCCCCUCCUCUCUCCAUUUUCAAAAUUUUAUUUUAUUCACUCACUCAUUGUAAAUUAUUGAAUAGCCCUUUUUUAUUAAGAAAAAUGUUUUUAAAUUUAAAAUUAUUUUUAUUUCUUUUUCUUGUUUUAACAAAAAAUACAUAUCAAUCUGGAGAUGAUAAAGCAAAAUGGGCUAUGUCGGAUGCGGAAGAAUAUUCCUCCUCGGAAUCUUCAAAUGAAAAUUGGAUACAUUUACAAACAGACCAUUUAUUUUCAUCAAUAUACUCCCGUCCUUCAAGUAGCUAUUCACCUCAAAUUCCCCAAAUUGAUCCAAGAUUCAUCUUUCCACACUUGCCAAUACCUCAAACAAUCAUAAAAGAUUGCGAAAAUGAAAUAAAAAAAGAAAAUUUGACAGAAGAACAAAUUCAGAUAAAUGAGAAAAAUGAAAGAAAAAACUUUUCAGGAUUGGUUAAGGAGCAUUUUAUUAAAUUUGGUUGGCCUGAAGAAGAAAAAUUCCAAAAUGGAAAGGUAAUUAGGGAUAUUAACAAUGAAAAAAUUUACAAACGGAUAAUUUAUUUAUCUUAA